AUGAAGCAGGCGUCUAGAAACAGCAGCAUAAUCUCUGUCCACAGAGACAUCAAGGAGGACAACCAGCAACUCCCCUUCGAGUUCACCGCCGAGAACUUGAGCCGCGCCAAGGAUAUCAUUGCCAAGUACCCGGCACAGUACAAGAAGGGCGCGUGCAUGCCGCUCUUGGACUUGGGCCAGCGCCAGUUGGGCUUCACGUCCAUUUCCGUGAUGAACUACGUGGCCAAGAUGUUGGACAUGCCGCCCAUGCGCGUGUACGAGGUGGCCACGUUCUACACCAUGUACAUGAGACAGCCCAUGGGCAAGUACAACAUCCAGGUGUGCACCACCACGCCCUGCCAGUUGUGCGGGUCGGACGAGGUCAUGAAGGCUGUCACGGACCACUUGAAGAUCAAGCCGGGCCAGACCACGCCCGACAAGAUGUUCACCUUGCAGGAGGUCGAGUGCUUGGGCGCGUGUGUGAACGCGCCCAUGAUGGCGAUUGACGACGACUUCCACGAGGACUUGACGGCGGCCAAGACCGUGGAGCUCUUGAAGACGUUGCAGGCCGGCAAGCCGUUGGAGAAGAGGGGCCCCGUGUCUGGCAGAGAGUCGUGCGAGCCGCUCAGCGGCAGAAAGGUGCUUCUCGGUGCAGAGCCCACGGAUCUCCGCAAGUUCACCCGGGCGGACUUGUAA